AAUUAGCUGAAAGCAGGCAUUGUUUUAUAUUCUAACGUAGUCUAUCGCCAACAAGUAACAGGUUCCCGGAUAUUUGUCCCAUCCCUAGAUCUUUCAGAUUUUACCAUGUACAACGUGGAUUGCAUACCCAUCAAGGACAUCAAGCCGGGCCUGAAGAACAUCAAUGUGAUCUUCAUUGUCCUGGAUGUCGGUUCUGCAACGGUAACGAAGGAAAAUCGGGAGGUGCGAAACUUUAAGGUGGGCGAUCACACGGCCAGCAUAAAUGUUUCCAUUUGGGACGAGCCCGGAAAACUAAUCAUUCCGGGGGAUAUAAUUCGGCUGACGAAGGGCUAUGCAUGCCUCUGGCGGCACUGUCUCACCCUCUAUUCCGGCAAGAAUGGUGAGGUCUUCAAAAUCGGCGAAUUCUGUAUGAUUUUCAACGAGAAUAUCAAUAUGAGCGAACCCAAAAGGCCAGAGCCAGCACUCGUGCCACCAGCCGCUCUGCCAGCCGUCCCGCCAGGCGCAGUUGUGGGUCCUUCGGGCGUGCCAGCCAAAGGUGGUCCCGCUGGUAUCUCUCCAGCCGUGGUGCCGGCGGUUCUCCCCGUGGUCCAGCCUCCCAUCCCCGUCACUGCACCCGCAGCCACGCCCACUGUGGUGAAGCAGGGCACCCGCGGCGGCCGAGGAGGAGGACGAGGUGGCUCCCACAAAGGGGAAAGGCGAUAAAGACAUAGGCAGGGAUU